AUGGUGGUGGUUUCUCGAUUGUGGUGGGUUUAUGAGCAGUUGCAAUCUGGGCGACCCGCUCGCGUGGCCGUGACGUCUUCUGUAAGUGGGAUGAACAUGCACAUCGUCCUUCACCAGCGGGUUCCUGGCCAUCUUACUGCCCUGAACGAGCUCGCUAUGCAGGUAGUCUGGGAUACAAUAUAUCAUGUUGAUUCUUAUGUGGUUGUCGACCAUGGCCAUCGUCACUCUUCGGGAUCCUCUCACAUCAGCUUUAAUGUUCGGCCUCUCCACCUUCGGCGUGCUCAUUCUGCCCCUGGUGGCCCAGGGCCUGGCGACAGCGAUGAUUCAGAUGGUGGUGAUGAUGCUGACCUUUCUUCGCGAAGGCGUGGGCGUGGACCGCGGCCUGUACCUGAUGCCGCGGGAAGUUCGGAGGCUGCUGUUCCCUCGGCUUCCGCGACGGGUUUCUCUGGCCCCCCUGCAAAGGUGCCUCGGCGGCACUCUUCUUCGAGAGAUGCUUCGCCACUGGCACUGCCAAAGUUGUCAGCGUUGCCGUCGAUUCCUGCUUUUCCAGAAUUGCAUCUUCCAUGGACUAAUCAUUAUGUGAACUACAGAUUGCCAGAGCCCUUGAUCUCUGCAGUUGAAGACUUCUGGCCAGGCUGCGGGCCGCUGCCCUUCGAGGCGGCCUUUCCUUCCGGCUUUGACGCGGACGAAUUCGACAAGAGCGGUUACGACAGGGACGGGUACGACAAGGAAGGCUUCGACCACCACGGCUACGACAGAAACGGCUGCGACAGGGGCGGCUGCGACCACAACGGCUACGACAAGGACGGCGUCGACCACAACGGCUACGACAGGGACGGCUACGACAGGGACGGCUACGACCACAACGGCUACGACAGGAGCGGCUACGACUCCCACGGCUUUGACCAGAACGGCUACGACUGCAGCGGCUACAACUUGCGCGGCUUCGACAGGCUUGGCUACGACAAGGACGGCUACAACACGAGCGGUUUCAACCUGCACGGCUUCGACAG